GAUCCUACAAUGUAUAGUGCUAUUGUAACCUACAAAACAGGCGGUGGGUAUCCUCUGGGAUUAUCCAAGGACCAGAAGUCAAAUUUUCGGAAAAAAACUGCUAUUUUUGACAUUGAAGAUAGUCAGCUCUACUACAGAAGAUACAAAGGAACUGCCCGUGAACUGAGAUUAAAGGUUGGCUGUGGUGCAGAGGAUGCAAAUUAAUGCUUUAUAGAGUUUCACGCUAGCAGCAUUGGUGCACAUUGUGGACAAAAUAAACCCAAAGAUGCCAUAUCCAAAAGGUUUUACUGGCCAGGGAUGUCCGAGGAUCUUGACAAAUGGGUGGCUGAAUGUGUGGCAUGUCAGGCCACUAAAGCAUCAAUUAAAGAAGAGGUCAAAAUUACACCUAUACAGUCACACAACCCUUCGAACUUUUGGGAUGGAUCUGAUCGGGAAACUCGCUUGCACAGACAGUGGCAAUCAAUAUAUAUGCGUAAUAAUUGAUUACUUGACCAAAUGGCCACAGGCUUAUCCACUCAGGAGUAAGUCUGCAGAGGAGGUCACAAACUGUAUUAUCAAGUUUUUCAAUCAGUUUGAGGCACCAAAACGCAUACUCACAGACCAAGGGAGGGAGUUUGUUAAUCAGAUCAACCAAAAUGUGUCCAAAAUUCUUGCCAUCAAAAGGAGUUUGUGCUCACCCUAUCAUCCCCACACCAACGGUCUAGUGGAAAGGAUGAAUGGAACCAUACAGAGAACUAUAAUGGUGUUUGUAAGGACUGUUAGAAACCAAGUAAAGAAUACACAGGACCAAAAAACAGAUGACAACAAAGUUAUCUCCUUUUUAUAUGAUGUUUGGUCGUGAGGCACGAUACCCUUCUCAGGUCCCAGAAGAUUAUCAGGUGGGUUGUCUUCUAUGUUUUGUUUAAUUUUUAAUUGUAUGUAUCGCAUUCAGUAUGAACUUUGACUAACACAGCACAGAGUCACUUUAAACACUUUAAUAGCAGCACAAGGACAGUUCACACUGGGUCAUUUUUAUCUGUAAUUCUAUCAAUGUCUCUGUUGAAGCUGUAGUGGGAAUUGAACAAAUGACUGAGGACGUCCUGAAACUCAAUGAAGUUCUUCAAACUGCACUUACCCAUACUGCUCAGGUCUAAAAAAAAAAGACAAAUAAAGAAUAUAAAGCAAAGAAAGUGAAAUUCUCUGUGGGUGACAAGGUGCGGAGAUGUAAUGUUCGGAGCCAGCAGAGAAAAGGUGAAAAAUUAGAUCCAAAUUUUUUAGGUCCAUACACAAUUAAAGACAUUAAAGCAAGAAUGCUGAUCUGAUAGAUGAGAGAGGGGUUAUUUUGCCAAAAAUCAAUAUUGACCACUUAAGAUUAUAUAUUGAGGAGAUGCCACGCAUUCCACACAAGAUUGUAUCCAGAUCAACAGACGCAAAUCCAUCACAAAAAACCUGUCCAACUGCUGAAUCAUCUGCAAUCUCAAAAGUGACAGAGUCAUAUGUCACCACCGCUGUAUCUGCUCCACCAUCACCAGCCAUCUCCAGAAAAGCUACAUCACCUGUCUCCCCAAGGGUUUUACCAUCACCUGCUAUCUCCAAAAGAACUGCAUCACCAGUCUCACCAAGGGUUUCACUAUCACCUGCUAUCUCCAAAAGAGCUGCAUCACCUGUCUCAACAAGGGUUUCACCAUCACCUGUCAUCUCCAAAAGAGCUGCAUCACCUGUCUCUGUAUCUGUGUCAUCAUCACCUACCACUAGAGCAAAAGCUGUACAGCACCGCCUCAUCAGCAGUAAGUCAGCAGAAGAAUAAUGCAUGUCAAUCUCUUCAUUAUCUAAAAUCUAAAUUCAUUACUGUUUAAAAUCUUAAAAGGUUAUGCUGCCAUCUCAAAGGUGGGCUUUGUUCCUAGAUC